UCCCUCUCAUCGCAUCUCAGUUUUCCUUCCUCUCUCUCAAAUCACAACCAAACACUCAUUUUCCCUCUCUUUUCUCUCCGAUCAAAAUGGCACGUACAAAACAAACCGCUCGCAAAUCCACCGGAGGAAAAGCACCAAGGAAACAACUAGCAACAAAAGCUGCACGGAAAUCUGCUCCGGGGACCGGAGGAGUGAAGAAACCUCACAGAUUUCGUCCAGGAACAGUUGCUUUAAGAGAGAUCAGAAAGUAUCAAAAGAGCACAGAGCUUCUCAUUAGGAAACUUCCAUUCCAAAGAUUGGUCAGAGAAAUCGCUCAGGAUUUCAAAACUGAUCUACGAUUCCAAAGUAGUGUUGUUUCUGCUCUUCAAGAAGCUGUUGAAGCUUAUCUUGUUGGUUUGUUUGAAGAUACUAAUCUUAGUUCUAUUCAUGCUAAGAGAGUUACUAUUAUGCCUAAGGAUAUUCAACUUGCUCGUAGGAUUAGAGGCGAGAGGGCUUAGAUUUGAUUUGUUAGGGUUUGGUUCUUGAUUAGAUUUC